AUGAUUGACCAAAAAAUUGUUUUAUUGUUACUAAUUGGUAAAAUAUUUGUAAAUGGAGAAAAUGAUACAUCUGAUGAUGAAUUUGAUAAACUUUUUGAAGGCCUAAGUUUAUCUGAUCAGCUAGGAAAUUUACAUAACUUGACUGAUUUUAAUAAAGUAAAAUACAAUGGAUUCAUAGAAAAUUGUUUAGAAUAUGAUCCAAUUUCAAUUGAUAUAUCUGUUAAUUAUUUAAAAAUAUACUUUUUUGUUGAUGAAUAUAUUCAAUCACGUAAAUAUUAUUAUCAAAUAAAAUGUUACUUAAGAAAUCUGAUUACAACAAAAAAAUUAGUAAUUUCAGAAAUCAAACAAGAAACAAAUAAAUAUAUUACUAAUAUUAAUGAUUGUGAAUUUAUAAAAAAAAUUGUUGGUAAAAGUGCUAGAAAUGAAAUAUAUUUUAUAAUUUUUGGUGAACCAAAAGAAUGUAAAAAUUUUGUUGGUAUAGGAACUUUUGUUAUGCUUAACCCAAUAAAACAUGGAAGACCUUUUCCUAUAAAAAAUGAUUAUUUUUUAAAUUUUAAAAAAUCUAUUAUAAAUAGUGUACAUUCCUUUUUUAAAAAUACUUCAUUCUUUCGGAAAUCAUCAGAUAAAUAUGAUUUAGAAAAUUGUUUUUUAUUUUCAUGUCAAAAAAAGGAUAAUUCUAUAAAUUUUACAGAUUACGAUCAUAAUCAGAAUGAGAAAUACAAUAAUGGAAUAUUGGUAAAAGAUUUUGAAGAAAAUUAUGUUUCUAUUGGUAUAACAUCACAAUUUACUCAAAUAUAUGAAGUUAUCCAUAUUAUGAGAGAUGAAAAUGAAGAGUGGUUAAAUGAAAAUAGUACAAUAUCUUUUUUAAAAUUUUUAAUUAUUUUUACAAUUUCUAAUUAUAAACAUAAUAUAGAAAUUAUUAGUGAAAAAUCAUCAGAAGGUACUUUAAAAGAUUUGACAGGUAUUAAUGAUUCAAAUGAAUAUAUAUCAUGGAUUGCAAGUAAUGCCAUGUCACUGAUACCAAUAACAUUAAUUAUAGGAAUUGGUAUUAGUUGUAUUAUAUUUUUUGUACAGAAUAAAAGUAAUAACAUUUAUAAUGAGGAAAAAAAAGCUGUUUUCAAAAGAGGGAUUCAUUGUUUACAUGAAAUUAAAAGAAACAUGGUAUCAGAUAGUGAUACAAAAAAAGAAACCGAUUCUGAAAGUGUAGAAAAUUAG